ACAUCUCUUUUUCACAUUUGGCCAUCUGCACUUCUCCACCGUCACCGCCCUCACUCCCUUAAAUAUAUCCCCUGCGAUAAACAUUAUAAUAAAACCCCCAAAAUCCCUGGCAGUUGCUUACUCUGUAUAAAGAGAUAGUUAUAAACCCAUACUCUCCCACCUGUUAAACUGAAAAAUUCAAAGAAACCCUCACCAGAAUCAGCAAAAGAAACGAUUUUGUAAAUUCCCCAGAUGGAGAUGCAUACCAUGAUGCCCGAUCAAGCCAAUGCCGUGAAAGAAGAACCGGUGGUGUAUUUUCUCGAUGACGACGCUUAUAGCAUCCCGGGCGGCGGCGGAGAUAUGUGUUCAGUUCCGAAACCCGCUGAGGGGCUGAGGGAGAUGGGCCCGCCGCCGUUCCUGAGGAAGACGUAUGACAUGGUGGACGACCCGAACACUGACCCGGUUAUAUCAUGGACCUCGACCCGGAGCAGCUUCGUUGUCUGGGACCCGCACAAGCUAUCCACUGAUGUUCUGCCCAAGUACUUCAAGCACAACAAUUUUUCCAGUUUCAUUCGCCAGCUCAACACAUAUCGGUUCAGGAAAAUAGAUUCAGACAGAUGGGAAUUUGCGAACGAAGGGUUCCAGAAAGGGAAGAAACAUUUGCUGAACAGCAUCAAGAGGAGGAAACACCAUCCGCAGAUGAUCCAGGCGCCGCCGCCAGCAGGCGUGGUGACUCACAAGUGGUUCGACUCUUGCAACGAGUCUCAGGCUGAGCUAUGCAAGCUCAGGACCAACCAAGAUGCGAUGAGGACUGAAAUCAUGAGGCUAAAGCAACAACAGGAGACGACGAACAACCAUCUCGCAAUGGUGAAGGAGCGGUUAGAGAGCACAGAGAACCGACACAAGUACAUCGUCUUCUUCGUAGUCAAAGCUUUCAAGAACCCUUUCUUCGUCCAGCACUUCACCGAGAAAAUGAGGCAGAGGAACGCUGGCGGCGGCUGCGUGAGGGCGGCGAAGAAGAGAAGAUUGGUUGACGGGACGAUGAGUAGCAGCACUAAUCAUCUUCCCGGCCCCCAAGAGGAAUUGGUGAUGCUUCAAUCUGAGAUUCAGACACUCUUCUCUUCCGAGGAUUCGAGUAGCCCCGUCCAGGAACAACAUAAGAUGAAUAAUAAUAGCAACAUGAAGAGCAACAACAACAACAAUCUUGCAGGAGCAAUAGGGAGUCCCGAGAUGAACUCUGAGAAUUUCAUUCUGUGGGAGAAGCUGGUUGAGGACGACAUGAUCUAUGAGAACAACGAGGCCGAGACCGCUAAACAACACUCCGAGAUCGUCCACGAGCUGGAGAAUCUGAUCGCCAGGCCCCCGGGAUGGCGUUGAUGGUAUGUAUGAUGGCAAGUGCAUUCCUGGGAAGAAGAAGCCGUGGAGGGCCCGCAGCAAUGAAUGAAAAAUGAAGAAAUGGGGAAGGCGGGAUGAUGUAUUUAUGAUGUAUGAUAUUGUGAUAUGGUUUGCUUCAAUCUCUAUAGUUUGGACUUUGGACACAAUGUAAAUAUUUAGGGCGGUGUGCAGUAGUAUGAUAUAUGUUUGUAGUUUUUCAGUUCACGUAUAGUAUCGUAUAGUGAUAGAACAGCAUGUACUCCGUAUAUGUGUAAGUACCUCGUCAUAGUGUUGUACAAAAACAAAACAGUGUCACGUUUUAAUGUUUUAUCCUUCUCGUCAACACCCUA